AUGCUUUAUAUGUCCAAUGUUAUACAAGGAACCCAUUUUCGUGGUUCUAUGAUAUCUUGGCGUAUGAUCAAUGAAUCAUCUUCAACCGUUCUUGUUGAAAUUCUUCAACGUCAUGCUUGGCGAUACGACGCUUAUACUCCACUCUGUAAUGAAACAACUAUUGCAAAUGGAGAACCUGUAUUAGGUGCUAGUAGUUACAAAAUUAUUUGUGUGAGUAAUUGUCCAACAGGUUUAACAACACUUGGAAGCGUUCUAGUUCCUUGUACAGGUUAUAAUAUAGGCGAACAAUAUGCAAUGGGUGAAGGUCGUUAUACAUUAAAUAUUCGACGAAAUUCCAGUUUUGUGGCCACGUUUAAUAACUCGGCUUGGUUUAAUCUUGUUACAGGAAACAAUUUGGGAUGGAGUGUUGCUGUUCAAAUUCAAACCUUUAAAAGAGUUGAUACUGGCUGGUAUAACAAUGCACCUAUUAUUACCAUGUUACCGAUCUAUCGAUUAAGAAAUAAAAUCAGUUAUUAUAUCAAAAUCAAUGUGGCUGAUAAUGAUUUUGAUCCAUAUAUUUGUCUUUGGUGUAAAGGUUCUACACAAUGUGGUGGACUUAGUAAUAGUGUACCUGGUAGUACCGUUGAUAAUUAUGGGUGUUAUUUAAACUUUACACCAACUACUGUUGGGUAUUAUGCGGCUGCUCUGACAGUAGAAGAUUUCAUAAUACUACCGACGAAUAUCUCAUCAAUUAAUUAUCUUUCGCAAAUACCUAUUCAAUUCGUAUUUCAUGUUUACAAUUCAUCAUAUCCUUGUGUUACUGGACCGAUCUAUAUUGGUGAUCUCGUACCAGAUAUUUGUAUUUAUCUCUCAGUAGGUGUCACUUAUACUACUCGUGUUCGUUUCAAAGUUCAAUGUACUAAUGCCACUGUUGAUAGUAUCAUUAGUGCUAAUCCAACUGGUUUAUUAACUACACCUAUUCAACAAGAUCCAUUUGAUCCUACGAUUUUUGCUUUUCUUGCUAAUUUUACAACAAAUGCUCAACAAGUAGGACAAAAUCUCUUUUGUUUUUCUGCUGUUGAUUCAAUUGGAAAUCAAGGAGAUUCAACCUGUCUUCGUUUUGCUGUAUCAUCACAAACAUCUAGUCUUCAACCAUUAUACAGAUUGAAUGCUACUCGAUAUCCAACUGGAACAGUCUCGAAAACAACUUCAAUAUGGACUAUUCUCACUGGAACAAGAGUUUAUCAACGUCCAACAACAGAAACAUAUAUUCGAUUCAAAAGAACUUCAGAUGAUCUUGAUUUUUAUGUAUUAAAUGCUAUGACUGCAAUUGACAAUGUUCUUUAUUCAAGUGACCGUAUUGUCAUCAAUUCAACAGUUGUAUGGACUCCAAGUGAACAUUUUUAUAUUUAUUUUGAUGCUGGUGUAUUGGCAGAAGCUAAUACAUGUUCGAAAGAAUCAAUGCCGAUAAGUGAUCGGAAUUUUUGGCCAUUUGACAUACCAUAUGAGACGACAACAACAAGCACAAGUUCAACAACAACAACAUCUAUAUCAACAACAACGACAGCACGAACAAUACCAACGCGUAGAACUCUCGGAACGUCGAGUACAACUGCAUCAACAAGUACCUCAACAACAACAACGAAAACAACAUCCAUAACAAUGACUUCAACCAGAACUGUUCGAUCAACAAAUUCAUUGUCUAUUAGUGCUAUUGUUGGUAUUGCUCUUGCAAGUCUUUUCAUCUGUGCAUUACUGACAUGGAUCAUUCGUUCAAUUAUUCGUGUUGUUUUGAUUCGUUUUCUUGUUCUUGAAUUUGGUCUUCGUUACCAAUUACUCAGCAUUGAUUCAUCAUCAACUCCUGAUUUAUUUUAUGAUUUAACAAAGAAUGAUGAUUUUACAUCAACAGUCCAAUAUAAACUAGCAACACGUCAUCGGCCACGAAAAAGUAUAAGCAAAUAUUCGAGUUUUAGUAAUGCAACUUCCAUCCACAGUAAUUUAAUUGAAGUACACGUAUAA